AUGGCCAAGACAAGUGGAUCUCAAGAAGAGAUCCAACCCGUAAAUGAUCAUACUGAUUUUGGUUAUUGGUACAAUGAAAUGAACAGUGAUGAGCAAUUUGUACGUUACAUGACAGAAAUAUACAAGAAACAACACCUGAACAUUUACAUGAACAAACAACAAAAUACAACAAUGGCUCAUUAUACGCGUUCCAAUAACCAAUCACCAUCAAAUCAACAACAAAUAACUCGACAAUUACCACAGCUAAUGGAUCAUCCAAUUAAUAUCGAUCAUAUUCAAGAAAUACAUCACCGUCAUCACCACCAGAACCAGGCAUCAAAGACAUCUAUAAUUGAGCGUGUUAAACGAUCCAGUCCAACAUCAACAAACCACCAAGUCUCAUUGUAA